CAUUCGUACUAUAGCAUUUAAGAGAUUUGGCCCAGCCAAACCCAACUAAACAGGUGCACCUGCAUUGUGAUUGAAGUUGUGUUUAUGGGUAAAUGGAGGUGUCACACACGCACACACACUGCACUACGUCGCCAUUUAAGGACAAGAGAACUCCACAGAAGAAAGAUGUCUGAUGAAGAUUUUUCGGGGGACUAAACAGCAGCAACAACCUGAAAGAGGGUGAAAGUUCUUAGAAGCUACAGCGCCAUGACGACCAACAUCCGUUUCCGUUGAAAAACCAGGACAAUACUAUGGACACAGCAAUGUAUGUGGACGACACCGAGUACGAUUGGUUCACUCAACAUAACAGUUCGGGCGGAGUGUCGGACGUAGAGCUGGGCGCUGCCGAGGGGCUUCAGAUUUAUGUCACCAGCCUCGUACUCUCCUGUCUUUAUACUUUGUUUCUCUUCCCUGUGGGUUUAAUUGGGAACAUCCUCAUCCUCGUUGUGAAUCUGAAGCACAAGGCCCCCCUGAAGGCCCCGGAUCUUUACUUUGUAAACCUGGCCGUGGCUGACCUCGCGCUUGUGGCUGACUCUCUUAUAGAGGUCUUCAACCUGAAGCGAGGAUAUUAUGACAAGACUGUCCUCUGCACGUUCAUGAAUCUUUUCCAGCAGAUCAACAUGUACAGCAGUGUUUUCUUCCUGACCUGGAUGAGCUGCGAUCGGCUUCUGAUGAUCACAGGCUCGAGGGGCCGCAGCAUGCCACGCGCCCGACUCAGCUGCUGCCUUAUUUGGAUUCUCUCGUGCUUGCUCACCAUGUUGCCCUUCACUGUCGCUCAAGUGCAGCACGCCGGAGAAAUACACUUCUGCUUCGCUAACGUGUCUCAGAUUCAGUGGAUGGAAGUGAUGUUGGGUUUCUUGUUGCCAUUCUGUGUGAUGGGCCUGUGCUACUGGAGGAUUGCACGCGUGCUCCACCGCAGCGAGAGACAAGUCCAUCGCCAUCAGAGACCACGCAGGCAGAAGGCUCUGAGGAUGAUCUCAGCAGCCGUGUUUGUCUUCUUCCUCUGCUGGCUGCCAGAGAACACAUUUAUUUGUGUCCAUCUCUUAAGGACAGGCAAACGGAAGAGCACCUUAUGGGAGGAAUACCAGUGGACUGGUCAUGCUGUAAGGUUGGCUGCCUUCUCCAACAGCUGCCUGAAUCCGCUCAUCUACAGCUUCCUAGGAAAGAGCUUUCAAAAGAAGCUGAAGCUUUUUCUCAAUCUUAAAAGCAACUCCACAACAGACAAGGUUUCAGUUCCCAAAAAAUUCAUCAGCCGAGCAUAAGCUACACCUAAGCGAAUAAUUUGAAAAGUAUUUGCCAUGUUCAGAAAAAUAAGUCUAUCAAUCACAUUAUAUGUUACAGUUGGGGGUCCCAUUACGACUGUCAGACUGUUGUAUGAAUUAUGCUAAAACUCGCUCAUUUUUACAAGGCAUGUGACAAUAUUUUAUUGAUUAUUAAAAUAAUUAGAAAUAAGACAAAAAACUGGGCCUUUUAUAUUCCUUUCUUUUUUAAUUAAUUGCUCUCUGAAAACAUGCAUUAACCAAGACAUUGUGAAUGGGUUUCUACCAUUUUAGCUUCCUUUUUUAUAUAAUUUCUACUAGACUGCAAGACUUGAAAAACAUCUAAAGCAUAAUCAUGACAAAAAAUAUUUUUAUUUUAUAUUUAUUUGUCACGUUUUGAUCUCACCUCUGUGUCCGCUGUUCUCUUCUUUCUCUUUUUCUUUUCCCUUUUCUUCUUCUCAUCCUUUACAGAGAUAGUAGUCUGCGAGACCGGCACUGGAUCCUCCUGGUUUUAAAUCAAAGUUAUUAAAUAUUCAAUUCAAUACAAAAUGUCACUCUAGACAAAA